GCACGCGCUUCUUCACAUCAUCUCAGUGUUGUAUUGGUCGCUGCCACUGACAGUCACCUGAACAGGGGAUUAUUUAAAUAGAACAUAAAUAAAUAUAUAAACAACCUACAAUUCCAUAUGAUGGAGAUUUCGGAAUCCAACUCCAUGGAGCACCUAGUCAAGGAGUUAAACGUGCUUCUGAAGCUACUGGAGCACGAACAUGUAAGUUCAGCCACGGCAGAGAAGAUGAGUGUUGUCAGGAACCUGUUGGGACAGUUAAAACCAUCAGCAUAUGUUGAUAGAGUGACUGGAAGCGACUUCAUAUACAUGAACACGUCCCUCUACGGAAAUGGUACCAGCUUUGUCGAGUCCCUGUUUGAAGAAUUUGACUGUGACCUGAAGGAGCUGAGAGAUUCCCCUGAGGAGCUGAAAAAACAGGAAGAGGAAGAGACAUUGAAACACUUACCUACAAAAUCAAGCCCCACUGACACACCACCUCCACUACCCACUACUCCGCCUCCUGAGGAUUACUACGAGGAAGCAGUUCCACUUGAGCCAGACACCACACCUCAAUACAUCACUACCCACAGAACCCAAAGCCCAGUUGAGGACGAGGAUGCAUAUUAUGAAGAUGCUGAUAAGAACUAUCCAUUAACCCGCAUUAAUGGGCCUUCCUACAAUGACUCAGAUGCUUUGAGUAGCUCUUAUGAGUCAUAUGAUGAAGAGGAAGAUGAGACGAAAAUCAGGGAGAGAAAGAGUCCUGUGGGCCCGGUAAAAGACUGCCGCAAAUUUGCCUUCUUACUGCGUAAGAAACGCUUUGGCCAGUGGACCAAACAGUUGACCGUCAUCCGUGAGAACAGACUACAGUGUUUCAAGAACCCUAAGGACCGAACACCACACACUGACCUGCCUCUGAAUCAGUGCAGUGUUGUCUACGUGUGUAAAGAUGGGAGACGCAAGAGGCAUGAGCUUAAAUUCUCUAUUCCUGGAGGAGAAUCAUUGGUGUUAGCUGUACAGAGCAAGGAGCAAGCUGAGAGCUGGAUUAAGGCCAUUCAGGAAGUUAAAACAGUGGCGAAUGGCACCACUGGAUUAGAGAUUUCCUCAUCCCCCAUGAUUCAACGCAGGACAGAGCUGGACAAGAUGAUGCAUACUGAUAAACAUACAUCAGAUUCAGACAGUGUUGCCAACGGAGACUGUUCACGAGAGAGUGGUGAAAAUGGCAAGGCGAAAAGGGGGGCUUUCUCCGAGCUGACCGGCUCCAUGAGUCGUGCUGCUGGCCGUAAAAUCAACCGUAUAAUCAGUUUUUCAAAGAAGAAGCCUCCUCUGCCUGGAGACAUCAGCAACCUGUCUCAUACUGAUGACAACCCAGGCUGUGGUUAUCUAAAUGUCCUGGUUAAUCAGUGCUGGAAGGAGCGCUGGUGUUGCUUGAGGAGCGGUACUCUGUAUUUCCAUAAAGACAGAGCAGACGUGCACACUCACGUUAAAGCUCUGGUCCUUCAUGGGAUCGAGGUCUUACCUGGUUUGGGGCCCAAGCACCCGUUUGCUUUCCGUAUCAUGCGAGAUGGCAGUGAAGUGGCGGCUCUGGAGGCGAGCUGUUCAGAAGAGAUGGGCCGCUGGCUUGGCGUGCUUUUGGCGGAAGCAGGAUGUGCUACAACCCCAGAGGCUCUGCACUAUGACUACGUGGAUGUGGACACAAUCAGCAGUAUCAAAUCAGCAGCUCGACAUUCUUUCCUCUGGGCGACUUCCUCCAGCAGUGCUUCCACAGACUCUCGCACCUACGACGAAGUUCCUUAUGAGAGUGUUCUGGUAGAGGAGGCUCAUCCUAAAUCAGGCACUCAGGUGAAGCGCCGCUCUUCUUUCUCCAGCACUGAUAAAAUAAAGAGCAACUCUGAAGUCACCGUGAAAAGACACGGUUCUUCUGUGACUCAGUACGGUAAAUACGGGAAGACCAGAGCAGAAGAAGAUGCCAGGCGAUAUCUGAACGAGAAAGAUCUGCUCGAGAAAGAGAAGGAGGAGAUCAGAAAAAAGCUGAUGUCGCUACGUAAAGAGAAAAAGGAGGUGAAAGAGAAGCUUAAGGAUGCCACAGGUGAACAGCAGAAAAUUUUGGAAAAGAGACUGGCUCAGCUUGAAGAGAGCUGCAGAGUGAAGGAGGCUGAGCGAGUGGAUCUGGAGCUGCGGCUCACUGAAGUGAAGGAGAAUCUGAAGAAGUCUGUGGCGAGCGGUGAGCUGGGGGUUUCUGCUGAGAACAAACCUGCAAACAAGGUUCAUGUCAGAAAAGUUGAGACGACUUAUGUUGAAGCCUCCUUACCUGUGAACUGUGCCUCUGAGAUGCGUAAGCGUCCUCCAUCCAUCUGUGCAUCCACCAGAGGAAAUGUCAUGCAGAAAGCCAAGGAAUGGGAGUCAAAGAAGGGGAUUUGAUAUUGUCUGGAUGUAAAGCGUAUAAGGAUUGUUUGGGUGUUUGAAGAGACUUCAGUAAAGCGGACUGAGAUGAGUUAGUGGAUUCCAGGGAUUCAGCAGCUGAUUGUGUACAUUUUAAUAUAUAACUACUGAAACACCCGUGGACAGAGGCUUUCUUUUUCUUUUUCUCCUCUCUCACUAGCCAUAUAGGUUAACUGCUCAUCACCAUUCAGCCAUACUGGCCACCUGAUUACCAGUUCAUAUACAAAUUGACCCAGCAAUACGGUGAACCUAUUGUCUUAUCUGUUAUCUGAUGGCUCAUGACGGCAUAUAAGGAUUUGUCGCCAUGAUCUCAGGAAAACAUUAUCUGAGACAGUAGAUAGUACUGACACUCUUUUCUGAUCGGUGCCUAAAGAUACAUACUGUAUUCUUACAUACUGUUCAGAGACAGAAAGCACAUUCGCGUAUUAUAAUAAUGAAUAAUCAUCAUUAAUUAUACGGGGCAUAUACAUGCACAAGAUGAUUAGAAACUAACAGACCCUUGUGGAGAAAGCAAAUCAGAGAUGCUGAAAUGAAAAAAUAAAGAUUGUAUUUUCAAAGUGUAUCGUUGGGCUAUAUUGUUGUUUUAGUUUUUUGGAAAUAUAUAAAAAAGGUUAAAAAGGGAAAGCAAUGUUAGAAAAGCAGCAGUGUGUUGUUUGUAUGUACACUGGGACUGGAAUAGAGUGUCAUGGCAUGUCUUCCUGUUACACACAAACAGUCAUUGUGAGAGAUCUGCUUUCUUACUUUUACACUAUGGCACUUAAUUGAUUGUGUUUAUUUAUUUAUUUUUACAUUGUACAGAAAACCAUAUUCAUAAUCUCAAUGUUGAUAUAUGGGUCUCUGUCUUGAAACGACUAUGUAUAAAUGUUACAUUUUGAACAAAUAAAGA